AUGGCUGUGGAUAGCAAAAAUGCGGAGAAUAACAAAACUGCUGAUAAAACUCUUAAUGUUAAUGGUGGUGACUUAAAUGGAACUAAUGUAAUUAAAAAUCGUUUUAGUAAAACUAAAGAAUUCGAUAAUAUGACAAACAUAAAGUUGGAUAAAGAACAUGAAAGUAACAAAAAUGAAAAAGUGGAAGAAGAAAGUUGGGAAGGACUAAGUCAUUUUCAAAAAUUAAGACGUAUGAUCUCUCUAAUUACUGUGGAACCUAUUUUGGCUUGCUAUGUGAUGCCUUCUGUUUUGUCUGUGCUCGCAACACAAAACCUUUAUUUAGAAAAAGCUUGUAGAGUGAACCUUCAAUUCGAUCACCAUAUUUGUGAUGCUUUGACUCGAAGAGAAACAGCAAAUUAUACUGCAGAAGAAGAAGCUGUACAGACGUUAGUGGCAUCAGUAACGGGUUGGAAGACUGUGCUACAGUCAUUCUUGCCAUGUGGAAUCCUAAUAUUUCUUGGAGCAUAUAGUGAUAGAGUGGGACAGAGAAAAAUAUGUAUGCUGUUACCUAUCAUUGGCGAAUUUUUGACGAGUAUAGGCUUGAUUGUGAAUACUUAUUUUUUCUAUGAAUUACCCGUGGAAGUGGCGGCUGUGACUGAAGCUAUAUUUCCUGCAUUGACUGGGGGCUGGUUUACCAUGUUUAUGGGAGUGUUUAGUUACAUAGCAGAUAUAACUACGGAGGAACAAAGGACGUUGAGGAUAGGCAUUGUGAAUCUGUUUCACUCUGUAGGUGUGCCAGUUGGAGCAGCUCUUAGUGGAAUAUUGGUGCGAAAGAUUGGCUUAUACGGUGUGUUCUCAGUUAGUGCGACAUUGUACGUUUUGAGUUUCAUCUACUGCUUCGUGCGCAUCAAAGAGGUGAAGAAGUCCGAUACGUCUGUGAAAUCAGCUGCCAAUCUCUGCGAAUGGCUGCGGAAUUUCUUCGACACUCGAUAUGUGAAGGAGACUGUUAUGGUGACCUUCAAGCAAGGACCGAACAACCGUAGACUGAGGGUCACUAUGCUGGUCAUCGUGAUGUGCGUUAUUAUUGGACCUAUUUAUGGUGAAAUGUCAGUAAUGUAUCUCUUCACGAGGUACAGAUUCAACUGGAACGAGGUGGAUUUCAGCAUGUUCUCUACUUACUCCAUGUGUACUUCAUUAGUAGGUACUUUAUUUUCGGUCGGUGUAUUUAGUCACUUACUGAAGUUUGAUGACGCCAUAAUCGGUGUUAUUUCGUGUACGAGUAAGAUUCUGGCUGGCGUUAUGUACGCUUUUGCUACAAAAACCUGGCAUAUUUAUAUAGCACCAUUGAUAGAAGUAUUUAACGGAACGUCAUUCAUAGCGAUGAGGUCAAUGGUCUCCAAAUUGGUGGACAGAGAUGAAUUGGGUAAGGUGAAUUCCUUCUACGGUGUAGCUGAAGCAAUGAUGCCCUUAAUCUACGCUCCCAUGUACACUACAGUAUAUACAAGUACCAUUAAGACCUUCCCAGGAGCAUUCUUCCUUCUUGGUGGAGCACUUACUAUGCCAGCUGUUCUUAUAUUUUUGUGGUUGUACCUGGCAAACAAGAAACACAUUCAAGCAAACCUCGAUAAUGAAGCUAAACUUAGAGCUGAUGCAGAGAAGGUUGGCAUAGAAAACAAAGCCUACGAGACUGAUGAAACUGAGAAAAAAGAAAUUGGCAAUACGACAGACGAAAAAGAAGAAACUGUUCUACAAUCACAAAUAGAAAUGGGAUUUAUUGAAAGUAUUGUAAACAAUAGUAAGGUACAACACUAA